CCCUGCCUCAGGUCCACCCCCAACUUCACCCCCGCACACCUCUGCACCAGGAGUUGCAGGGUGGAGGCGGGCGGCUGUCCCAGCAGCCCCGCGCCUCUCCCAAAGCCCCCUUCUUGGGGUCCAGCUUCUUCCCAGAGUUCCCGAGGACUGGCAGCAGAGGGCAAGAGCGUAGCAAGCGUGGGAGUCAACGGGGCAGGGGUCAGAGGGCAAAGCCUGCGUUCCAGGUGUGGCCCACUUGCUGCUAGGUAACCAGAUCACCCACGGCUGCCCCAGCGCAUCAACCCCAGAGCCUCCACCCUCUGCUUCCAGCCCCUCGGGCUUCUCAGACACCUGCCCUUCCCCGGGACUCUGAAGGCAGAAGAGUAGAAGCCAGAGCCCAGCUACCACCCCCGAGCCCCUGUGGUCUGCUGCCUAGGGUUUCACUGUGAAGUGUCAGCGGCCAAGGCCCCGAGGUCACUGCCACCAUGAGUCUGGGCAUCAUGGAAGAGGAAGACCUGGCCGAGUACUUCCGGCUGCAGUAUGGGGAGCGGCUGCUGCAGCUGCUGCAGAAGUUCCCCAACAUCGAGGAACAGUCGGAUUCCCCGUCCAUCCGGCUGCUGGAGAAGAAAAAGGAGGCCAAGAUCGUCCAUCAGGCUAUGGAGCAGAAGAAGGAGACAUUUCAGCGCAGGAUGGAGACCCUGAACAUGCGCUGGGAGGAGCUGGGCAUCAAGGAGGCGCAGCUGAAGGCCUACAUCCAGAAGUUUGAGCAGUUCAUCCAGGAGAAUGACCAGAAACGUAUCCGUGCCCUGAAGAAAGCCAACAAGGAGCGGGACCUCAAGCGGCAGCGCGUGCGGGAGCUGGCCAAGGCCAAGCAGGAGAUCAUGGCCCUGCGGGCAGAGCACCAGAGGCUGAGCACCAAGCUGCAGGACUACGCCAUCUUCAACAAGUACCUAGAGAAGGUGGUGGAAAACUCGGAGUUUGAGGAGAUCCACGAGGUGAUCGCGCGCUACAAGACGCUGGUGAGCAUGCACCAUGACCUCUUGCAGUCGGCGCAGGAGGGCCAGGAGAACAUCGAGCGCGCCAAGGCGCGGCUGGCGCGCUACAUGGAGGAGAAGGACGACGAGAUCCUGCAACACAACAACGACCUGGCGCGGCUGCAGAUGCGCUUUGACCGCGCGCGCAGCGACGUCAUUAUCUGGGAGUCUCGCUGGGCACACAUCCAGAACACCGCCGCCAAGAAGACCCUCUUGCUUGGCACCAUUAAGAUGGCCACGCUGAACCUCUUCCAGAUCGUGAGCAAGCAGCUGAAGGACACGGCCCACGUGUCCCUGGAGGACACGCACAAACAGCUGGACAUGAUCCAGCAGUUCAUCCAAGACCUGUCGGACAUCUGGUCAGAGGUGAAGAAGAAGGAACAGCAGCAAGUCCGAGUUUAAGGAAGCGCAUGGUUCUGGAAUGUUCUGAGACGGAGACUGGGAAGGAACAAGUUACUGGUGGGCAUGCACUCGGGGCAGCCCCACGCUGCCCACUGAGGACCCCUGUGCCCUUCUGCUGGGGAACACCUGGUUGUGCCCCCACCCCCGGGCCCCAGGCCAC